AUAGCAGUCAGGGUUCCAUUGUCUAACCUGCAGAGGUCUGUGUGACCUUCCAGGGAUAUGCCUCCCCAGACCAUCACUGACCCACCACCAAACCAGUCAUGCUGAAUGAUGUUGCAGGCAGCAUAACGUUCUCCACGGCAUCUCCAGACCUGUUCACGUUUAUCACAUGCUCAGGUUGAACCUGCUCUCAUCUGUGAAAUCACAGGGCGCCAGUGGCAGACCUGCCAAUUCUGGUGUUCUGUGGCAAAUGUCAGUCGAGCUCCAUGGUGCCGGGCAGUGAGCACAGGGUCCAGUACAGGACAUUGGGUCCUCAGGCCACCCUCAUGAAGUCUGUUUCUGAUUGUUUGGUCAGAGACAUUCACACCAGUGGCCUCCUGUAGGUCUUUUGUAGGGCUCUGGCAGUGCUCAUUCUGUUCCUCCUUGUACAAAGGAGCAGAUACUGGUCCUGCUGAUGGGUUAAGGACCGUCUACGGCCCUGUGCAGCUCUCAUAGAGUAACUGCCUGCCCCCUGGAAUCUCCUUCAUGCUCUUGAGACUGUGCUGGGAAACACAGCAAACCUUCUGGCAUGGCCCUUAUUGAUGUCCCACCCUGGAGGAGUUGGACUACCUGUGCAACCUCUGUAGGGUCCAGUAUAUUGCCUGAGGAAAAACUACGCACUAUACUGUCAUCUGGAAGCUGCUAUCUCCGAUCAUCCGUAAGGCACGUGAAUGCAGCAUGUGUUCAAACAGCGGAGGCUGAGCAGCAUCAGGACCAGGAUGGGCAGCUAGCAGCUGGUCUGCGUCUCUGCAUGAGCACCAGCGACCCGUGAAGCUCGAUGACAGACCCACUGAAAUCCUGCUAAGUAGAAAACCACAGAAGAGGAAGUGACAGGGAGGAAGGAUGGACUCCAUCUCUAUGAUGGGCGGCAGUAGGAGCCCUGUGUUUCUCACAGCCUCCUCCUCCCACCACCACCACACCCAGACCUGUUUCCUGCCCAACGGCAUGAAUAAUGGAGUUGGAAACACAGCGAGUGCCUGUCUGUCAGCCCAGCCCACAGUGGCCAUCCUGGGCUCAGGUGACUUCUCCAAGUGCCUGACCAUACGCCUGCUGCGCUGCGGCUUCCAUGUGGUGGUGGGUAGCCGCCAUCCUAAAUUGGCAGCCCAGUCAUUCCCGCAUGUGGUGGAUGUGACACACCAUGAAGAUGCUGCGGGGAAGGCUGGCAUCGUGUUCCUGGCAAUCCGCCGUGAGCACUACUCUGUCCUAUGGGACCUUAAGCAUCUACUGGAAGGCAAGAUCUUAGUGGAUGUGAGUAACAACAGGAGGGUGAACCAGUAUCCAGAGUCUAAUGCUGAAUAUCUGGCUUCACUGCUGCCAGACUCCAUCGUGGUCAAAGGCUUCAAUGUCAUCUCAGCCUGGGCCAUGCAGCAGAGCAGCCCCAAAGACGCCAGCACACAGGUGUUCAUUUGCAGUGACUCAGUGGAGGCUCGACAGCAGAUUAUGGAACUUGCCCGACAUCUUAACUUCCAGCCGGUGGAUAUGGGCACCCUGUCUUCUUCGCAGGACAUUGAAAACAUGCCCAUUCAGUUAUUUCCUGGCUGGAAAGGCCCAGUCCUCACUGCUGUGGCCCUCUCCAUCUUCUUUUUUGCAUACUCUUUUGUACGAGAUAUCAUCCACCCAUAUGUGAAAUACAAACAGAGUGACUUCUACAAGAUCCCAAUAGAGAUGGUGAACCGAACACUGCCCACUGUUGCCAUCACUCUCUUGGCCCUGGUGUACCUGUCAGGCCAGCUGGCAGCCGCCCACCAGCUUUACUAUGGUACCAAGUACAGGCAUUUCCCGCACUGGCUGGAGGGCUGGCUGCAGAGCCGGAAACAGCUGGGCCUCCUCAGCUUCUUCCUGGCUGCUGUCCAUGUUCUCUACAGCCUCUGUCUGCCCAUGAGGCGUUCUGAGAGGUACCUGCUGCUCAACACCGCCUACCAACAGGUCCAUGCUAAUGUGGAGAAUGCGUGGAAUGAGGAGGAGGUGUGGAGGGUGGAGAUGUACGUUUCCUUUGGGAUCAUGAGCCUCGGGCUCCUGUCACUCCUAGCAGUCACCUCCAUCCCCUCUGUCAACAGCACGCUCAACUGGAGGGAGUUCAGCUUCAUACAGUCCACUCUGGGCUACAUCGCCCUGCUCAUCGCUACCUUCCACGGCCUGCUGUUUGGAUGGAAGCGAGCUUUUGAGGAGGAGGCCUACCGCUUCUACCUGCCUCCCAGCUUCGUGGUCGCCCUGGCCCUGCCAGUGUGUGUCAUACUGGGCAAGGUGCUUAUGCUGCUCCCCUGUGUGGCCCGCAAACUCCACCAGAUCCGCCGGGGCCUCGACAGCAGUCAGUACCGGUGUCAGCGCCUGGAGCCCGUGGGCUUGGCUGUCCAGGUUUCACCUGAGAGAGUUACUAUCAUGUGAUCCUUGCAGCACAAAGAUGUCUGUUCCUUUUUACUUCUACUGUCAUAGUUAUAUCUGUUUUAUUGAACACUCUUCAUUCAUGUGAUUCUCAGUGGAAGGGCAUAUUAUACUUUAUGACCAAACAGUCUUUACUGACAUGUGAACGACUGUCCUUGUAUAACUAGUAUGUCACAGUUUGCCAUCUAAGUGUAAAACUGAAUAUUCCUCCCAUGACAGUAUCUUACCAAUAUGCUUCAAAUAUUUCACCAAUACAUGUACCUGUCCUGGCAGACAGGAGAACUCCACUAGUUUGACACAUUGUGUCACUUUACUAGUUCUGCUGGACCUGUAAAAACAGUUGUGUAAUAAAAAUAUCCUCUGUUGCUAUGGAGGAGGAACUUUUUAGCAUCAAACGGUUAAUCAGAAGCUACCAGGGGCUAAAUUGUCAUUAACGACGAUCAAAUCAAAAGACACUAUUGAGUUCCAGCAAGUGUAGGGUCCAGUGUUUGUGAUCGGAGCUUACUACAGGUUUGCAUUAUGGGAAGUGUAGGAUCCAGUGUAAUUAACCGCAGGAGGUGUCAGGGCAUCUCCGCUACUGCUGCACAGAUUUUGAUCAUUCUCUUUGUUUAUCUGUAUGGCAGUAAACUGCUGUUAUAUCCUGUCAAUUCAAUACAUAUGUGUUUCAGUAGUAUAGUAAGUGUCAUAACUCAUUACAGUGAUGCUGUCUAUUUAACAUCAUCAUCAGCAUAAUGACCAUCCAAAGGAUAUAAGUGAAUGCAGGCAGAGCCGUGACACAGUUAAAUAAUGACAGUCUAGUGUGAGUGCAGUUCUCUGAGGACAGCAUGCGGCUGUCUUUCCCCUGACUUCUCUGUCAUGUCUUUCUUUGACAUUCUGAUGUUUUCCAUUCGGUCCAAAAUAAUACUGAAUGUGUAAACUCCAUAAAAGAAAUCUUUAUUUUUGCACAUAUUAUUGGUUACUAUCAUUUUCUUCAGUUCUUGAAACACUUUUGCUUUUGGUGUAGUUGUGUUUUGUCUGUAUGACUGUACCACUCAACACAGUGGCCAUUUGUCAGGCUCUAAUUCAUGAAGUCCACUGGACUGAUGAAGAAUAUGACCAUGACUUGGUCCUUUCCAGUGUUCACAGUGAGCUGACGGGAGUCUUUUCUGCCAUCUCAUUCCUGUGAAUAAUCAGUGAACUACGACAUAGUUCGUUACUUUAAAUGUAUUUAUCAGACUCUAUUACCACACAGCAAUAUGUAACUGUAACAGGAAAUAAAGCAAAAUGUGAUGUUCACUGAA